UGCGUGCUGCAGGAAGUAGGCUGCGCGCGCGCAGGCGGGCGGCGGGCGCAGUGACGGCUGGCGAGGCGCGCGCGCCGCACGCACACACGCCCCCCGUCCCGCGCCGCACAACGGUACGCGCCGGCCGAGUGCUGACGGUGUCACCGGGUCACGCCUCCCUACAUGUAGUGCACGCAGUGUUACCGCUCCAUUGUAGGCGCGAGUGUCUGAGUGUCGGCGUAACGUUCGUUGGAUUUGUUCCGUCUGCCAGCGUCGCGAGCGCGGUGUGAACACUGGCUCUCUGUACGGUCACAUUUACAUGGAACAUAUUGUAAAGAGAGACGGGGCGCGCUGAUGUUAGCCUGCGUCAGCGACUAAGACAUUAAGUAUCUAGAUCUAGCGGCUGCGAAGUGCGAGUACCGCGGCGGCUUAACUUUCACUGCUCACGCUCGAGCGCCGCCGCUCGCGGUAAUGAACUUCCUCGGCGGCAGUCUGCUGCAGCCUGCGCCUGCGCGCCGUGUGUUGCAGGAGGCGGCGCGAGGCAUGGGCUGACGGCGCGCCGCUGAGCCGCACCGCACCAUGAAGAAGUUCAUGCGGCCGCGCCCCGCCGACCCGUGCGCCAACGGCGGAGGCGCGCCGCGCGACGCCGAGCGGCGCUCGUCGCUCAGCAGCUCGGGCGGCUCGCCCGCCCCCGCGCUGUGGGAGGACCCCGAGUUCCCCGUCGCCGCCGCCGGCCUGUGCGAGCGCCGCACGCGCUGGCUGCGCCCGCACGAGCUGUGCGCGCGCCCGCGCUUCCUGGGCGACUCGGGCGCGGGCGGCGAGCAGGCGGCGCGCUGGCGCGUGGCGCCGGGCGAGGCGGGCGACGCCGCGCUGUGCCGCGCCGCCGCCGCGCUGGCGCUCACGCCCGCGCUGCUGGCGCGCGUGGCCCAGCCGCAGAGCUUCCGCGCCGCCGCCGGCUACCGCGGCCGCUUCCGCUUCCGCUUCUGGGUGUUCGGCGAGUGGCGCGACGUGCUCGUGGACGACCGGCUGCCCGCCCGCGGCGCGCGCCUGCUGGCCAGCCGCGGCGCGCCCGACGACUUCACGCUGCCGCUGCUCGAGAAGGCGUACGCCAAGCUGCUCGGCGGCUACGCGCGCCUGCGCGCCGGCGACGCUGCCGACGCGCUGCGGGCGCUCACGGGCGCCGCGGUGCAGUCCUUCGCGCCGCCGCGCCAGCCGCGCGCGCUGCUGCUGCAGGUGCUGCUGGCGGCCGUGCCGCGCUCCACGCUGUUGCUGGCGGGCGCGGCGGCGGACGGGGGCGGGCUGCUGGCGCGCCAGGCCUACUGCGUGACGGGGCUGGCACGCGUGCGCGGCGCGCCCGACGACUGCGCCGUGCUGCUGCGCCUGCGCGCGCCCGGCGCCCGCGGCGAGUGGACGGGCGCCUGGGCGCGCGACUCGCCGCAGCGGCGCGCGCUGCCCGCCGCCGACCGCGAGCUGCUCGAGCGCCGCGCUGCCGCGCCCGGCACCUUCUGGAUGCCGCUGGGCGACUUCGCGCGCGCCUUCGCGCGGCUCGAGCUGGCGCACGUGGGGCCGGACGACUGGUUGCGCGAGCCCGCGCUGCACGCCAAGCGGCCGUGGCGCGCCGUGCUGGCGCGGCGGCGCUGGCGGCGCGGCGUGAGCGCGGGCGGGCCGCCGGGCGCGCCCACGGCGCACGCCAACCCGCACUUCGUGCUGCGCGUGCCGCCCGCCGACGGCCCGUGCCACGUGGUGGUGUCGGUGGCGCAGGAGCGCGCGCGCCGGCCGCUGGGCGUGGGGUUCGCCGUGUACGCGCUGGCCGACGACGCCGCGCCGCGCCGCGCGCGCCCGCCACAGCGCGCGCUGGACGUGACGCACUGCUCGCGCGCGCCGGAGGUGGCCACGUUCUUCACGCUGCCGCCGGGGCAGUACCUGGUGGUGCCGCACGCGCACCGCGCGCACGCCGAGGCCGCCUUCCUGCUGCGCGUGCUGACGGACGAGCGCACCGACGUGUGGGAGCUGAACGACGACAACGCGCUGCAGGCGCCGGACGCGGCGGGCGCGGCGGAGCCGGCGGUGCGCGCGGCGGCGGCGGCGCUGGCGGGCGCGGACGCGGCGCGCGAGCUGGACGCGGCGGCGCUGCGCGCGCGGCUGCGGCGUGUGUGGCGGCGCGUGCUGCCGGCGCGGCCGUCGGCCGAGCUGUGCCGCGCGCUGGUGGCGCUGUGCGACGGCGCGCUGGGCGGGCGCGCGCGCGCGGGCGAGCUGGCGGCGCUGGCGGCGCGGCUGGCGCUGUGGCGCGCGGCGCUGCGCUCGCUGGGCGCGCGGCGCCGGCUGAGCUCGUACCGGCUGCGCGAGCUGCUGGCGGCGUGCGGCGCGAGCGCGUCCAACAAGGUGCUGGAGGCGCUGGUGCUGCGCUACGCGCGCGGCGCCGCGCUGGACGCCGACGCGUGCAUGGUGGCGCUGGCGCGGCUGCACCUGGCGCACGAGCGGUUCCGCAGCCUGGACUCGAAGCUCAAGUCGAACCCGCUGUCGCUGGAAGAGGUGCGCCGCACUCAUGAUCCUGAUGACAAUCUACUCAUGACGAGCAGGGGAAGACGAACCAAAGGAGAGGACGAGCCGCAGGGGAGGACGAGCCGCAGGGGAGGACGAGCCGCAGGGGAGGACGAGCCGCAGGGGAGGACGAGCCGCAGGGGAGGACGAGCCGCAGGGGAGGACGAGCCGCAGGGGAGGACGAGCCGCAGGAGAGGACGAGCCGCAGGGGAGGACGAGCCGCAGGGGAGGACGAGCCGCAGGAGAGGACGAGCCGCAGGGGAGGACGAGCCGCAGAAAGUUAUUUAAAUUAUUCGUUACAGUUGUUGUUGAUUUUAUUUAAAGUUUACGUGUAGGUGUGCGUGUAUCUGUAAUGUAUAUCAUUAUUUGUUAGUUAACGAGUCGACGGCGAGCUGCGAUGUUUAAGAUAUCAAUUAUAUUUAUUAAGUGAAGUAGCGCUUCCGCGUACCGAACGGUGACGUCAUCACGCCUGCAGGUCUUGCGUCAUCAUCCGCAUCAUCCGCAUCAGCGCUCCAGUUCAAUAAAGAGUAAUUGUCCGAUCAGUUUAAACAUUUGAGGGUACAUUCAUUCCCAAAAGCUGACAAUUGGGUAAAAACGUUUAUUGUCCACAAAACAACGUCUUUUUCAACUUUGACCUUUAGUUUUUUUUCUAGGUACCGGAACGACGAGGACUUUUAAAAUUUAUUUAUGAUUAUGUUUUAAACAAAUUAACCAACUUUCAGCUUCAUGGGAAUUGAUUUUGCUUUACAUUAUAUAUUUUAGGUAAUAACUUGACUGGGCUAUAAUUUCUUGUAUAUAUUCUUGCAUUGCUCUUUCCUAACUUUAUUAGGUGUACUGCGUUAGAAACAAAGAUGGACGGGAUGGAUAUAAGGUAACUUGAGGAAAAUGUAGGAUCCUGAUUGUGACGUCACCGUUAACGGAAUGUGGUAUCUACCUACGCCUAAUUAUUAUUAUUUCAAAGUUAAACACAAUAUACCUACCUCUACCAAAGACAGAAUGGAACAUCGAGCGCAUGUACUUAACAAAUAAUAAAAACAAAUUAGGGGAAGAUAAAAUAGUCGCAGUUGUUCUUUCCGUGCAAUAUUUGUUCAAAGUGUUAUUAGUUAGUACCUAGUUAAGUAGAUAAAUAUUUAUAUAAUACUUAGUAUAGGUAUUAAUAGAAUAAUUUGAAAACACUUGGUGCUCGUUGGUGCUGAAUUAGUUAAGAAACUUAUGUUACGAGUAAGUAAGUACUAUGCUAAGAAUAAUAAUUGUGAUAAUACUUAAGACCGAAUGAUGUACCAAAUAUUCGUAGCUAGUAACUGAUAGGUAGGUACUAGAAAGCUGCGGCUUCUCCACGCGGGCGUAUCUUUUUUUCGGCUCAGGCUCAGACUUUAUCAACAUUCAUUAAAAUAAAUAUUGUUGCAAUUGCAUAUUAAAA